CAGAACGCUCUGACUGAAGAGCUCUUCUUCGGAACACCAUCCGAUGUCCUCGUCCCCUUCACUUGUCCGAUCGCCCCACACCCGGACGGCGAGGACGAUAGCGAGAACGAUGACGAAUACGCUGAUGAUGCUGACGAGAACCCGUUCAUGGGCAAGGGCUCAAAGAAACGUCCCGCUGCAGAUGAAGUCCUCCCCAGCAAGCGUACAAAGAGAUUCAAGAUGGGUACUACGGUCAAAGGUGGCCAUGCCCCCUCGUUCAAGCCCAUCACUGUCGACCUUGACGAGGAAGACCAGAUGAUUGUCGACAUGAAGCAGCAGGGUUACAAGGAUGACGUUAUCCGUGACCGUCUUAUCGAGAAGGGCUUCACCUGCUACGAGGCUAGAAGUGUCGCAUGCCGCUGGAUGCGUAUUCGCAAGAAGACACAAGAAUACGAGGAGAAGUUGCUCGACGAAGAGCUGACCGACUGGCACCUUGGAGAGGAUGAAAUGCUCGACGAAGCAUAUGAGGUUGCUGACAAGAAGUUCCAAGUCGAAUUGGAAAAGCUUGAGCAGAAGCGCUGGACUUGGACGGCCCAAAACCUCAACAAGCGUCUUCCUCGUGAGCGCUUCUCAGCCAAGGCUUGUCAACAGCGUCACGAAGCACGCCUCAAUGGCACUGCUCGCUGCCCACCCGAGGUUGAUCCCGAUCCUGAGGCUCGUGCCCGUGAACGUGAAGAGCGUAUCGCCGCCUACAAGCUACACAACACUGUCCACAAGAUUGCUGCUCGUCAGCGCAAGGAGACUCAAGCUGCGCUCCGAGCUAAAAAGAAGAAGGACGAAAAGGAGUAUCGCCAAUCUCUGUCCGAAGCAGUUACCCUUGCAAAGAAGCGCAAGCAGAGCGCACUCGAAGCCGCCCGUGAAGAUCGCCUCUACAACGAGAGAAAGCACAGAUUCUUUACCCAGACCACCAUUGUUCACCCACCCAAGAGCAGAUACGCCUACAAGAACACAGCCGACCAAAUUCGUAAUGAGGACAUCAAUGCUACCGAAGCUGCUAUUAAUGCUCGCGCCCAUGAGUUCGUUGGUGUUGUCCAGCCCGUUGCACCAGUCGCAGUUUCCAGUCUGGUCAUGCCGGUCACCAAGCCUGCUGAUAUCAUCGGAAGCGCGUCUCAGCAGCCUGCCAUUCCUUCUGACGGCUUCCCUGCAGAUCCCCGUAAUUGGUGCACCAUCGAUGAGUUGCAAGACAUCCUGCGCUCACGCGGCAUGCUUCUGAACCGCAUGAAGGAAUGUAAGCCUAUCAUUGUCUCGCGACUGAACAAUGAAGACAAGACUAGCAGUAUCGAGCAGCUCAAGGAGUUGUUGAAGGCACGCAACGAAGACCCGAGCGGCACCAAAGCUGAACUGAUGAGACGUUUGGCCAUAUCCGACGCAAAGACAUCCAGAAGAUACCAGAACAACCGUACAAACCGCCCACUUGAUGAGAAUGGCAACCGUAUCAGAGUCAGGAUGACAGCCAAGCCAGCCACGUCGAAGACAACCUCUCGCUACAACGCUCGCAAUGUCACAAUCAAGCAGGGUAAAGCUGUCGUGAACAUCCCGCCUCCUACUACCAGAAAGAGAGCCUCUACCAGAAAGGCUCCUACAAAGACUGCUACAAAGACUGCUACAAAGGCUGCUACAAAGGCUGCUACAAAGGCUGCUACAAAGGCUGCUACAAAGAAGACACCCAACAAGGGAAAGAGCACUAGCGCUUCCAAGAAGUUCAUUCCUGACGACGAGGAUGGAGACGAGGACGAGGACGAGGAAGAGCCUGACCGCUCCAUCGACCCCGACGAGGACUACAUGAAAGACAUCGUGAGCAGCUUGCUUUCCUAA